CUCUUAGAAGCAUCAACCGACGUCGACAGAACGAGCUUCAUCGGCACCACCAGCAGACAACAUGCCUACUCGGUUUUCCAAGACAAGAAAGCACCGCGGACAUGUUUCCGCCGGUAAGGGCCGUGUCGGCAAGCACAGAAAGCAUCCAGGUGGUCGUGGUAUGGCCGGUGGUCAGCACCACCACCGUACCAACCUCGAUAAGUACCACCCUGGUUACUUCGGUAAGGUCGGUAUGAGGCACUUCCACCUCCUCCGCAACCACCAGUGGGCCCCCAUCCUCAACAUUGAGAAGCUCUGGACUCUCGUCCCCGCUGAGGCCCGCGAGAAGUACGUCUCUGGUGCCGCCACCGAGACUGCUCCCGUCAUCGACCUCCUUUCCCACGGCUAUGCCAAGCUCCUCGGCAAGGGCCGUCUCCCCCAGGUCCCCAUCGUCGUCCGUGCCCGCUACGUCUCCGCCGAGGCUGAGCGCAAGAUCAAGGAGGCCGGUGGUGUCAUUGAGCUCGUUGCUUAAAUUCUGAAUGCGGCAUGAUAUAUUCAAGGACUGGCGAUUUGGCAUCACGGUACGAGGGAAACCGGAAACGAACCCGAUGGUCAUGGAUCGAACAGUCGGACAGACGAACAACGACAAGAUUCGGUCCCGGAGUCCUGGAUGGGUCAGAGGUGGUUGAAAAUCUCAGCGCCUCGUCUGCAGCAUUUAGGGAAAUGGCAGUUCAUUUGCAUCGCAACAUUGGGUCCGGGAUUUCGUUCACAACCGUGCCAUGCUGCAGACUGGCGAACUCGGGUGGUCCCGAGAGGGUAACCCGGGCCGCGGCUGCGUCGCAAACUGCUGAUUCAGGGGCAAGUAACGAAUAAAUGAAGGCCUAUGCCCGACGGUCGGUUGAUCUCAUCCAUGAGCAUUUCCUUGGCCAUUGUGAAGUUGAACAUUCGUCCAGAAGCCCACUUUCAGCACGUUGGAUUUGUUUGUCCUGUCGUCAUGUCAUGAGAACCCCAGUGUGAGGCCGUUAUAUGCCUUUGUCUGUUACCUUCGGUCUGUGAUGUUACCCGGCCAUAAUUCGGACAAGUCCGCAUGAUGUAAGUCGCAUUGUUGCACUUGAGCCAAUACAUGUUGAGAAUCAUGAACCAAAACACACUAGCACCACCCUCUGUUGACGUCCGCUUUCCCCGCUUCAUACUACAUGGUACUUGAGAACAGUUUCCUCUCUUGAUAGCCACCUCAUCCCAACAGAUCUCAUCUCUCG